CACUCCACAUCAUUCUUUUAUCAGCAGCUUCCAACCACCAAACGGCUUUGCAAUACAGGCCGCGCUUCGUCUGGGUUCGGCUUGAUCGCAAGGCCGCGAGUUUUCCGAGUUGCUAUGCCGCCGUAUUACCACCUCAUAUUCGAGCUGUACGCGACGCCUGACCCUACCGUGACCUCCCCUGCGAGCACGGGCAAAGGCAGCACCAGCACCCACGACGACAUCUGGAUUCCUUCACCCGGCGCAAGCAUUUUCGACGAGUUACCAUCCCACCCGCGGACCAAAGCACAUACCCGACAACAGCAACAACAGCAACAACAACAACAGAGGCGCUUGCCCGAGCAUUGGCUGCAGCGGAGACCCGAGCUUGACGGCUACUACGAUUACGGACUGGAUCGCUCAGCUGACGGUGAAAACUAUCGUUGCGAAGAGUCGAGCAGUAUUUCCGUUGCUGCAGUCGCCGCCGCGGCCGCGAACACGAGAGUUAUCGAUUGCGGCGCGCAGCGAGGCACGACGCACGACACCACUUCUGACGGCACGUCAUACCGCGCCCCGCUGAACGAAAGGCAGUCCCGCGCAAUACACGAGGCGGAAUCGGCGCCCAGGGUCGAGGACGGGUUCGGACCGGACAAGGCAGUGCGGGACUGGAGGUUCGGGAGGGUGCGGAUCGAGAGUUUCGAUUCUUCUGUGGACGAGGAGAAGACGGGAAAGAUGGCGGGAGGUCAGGAAACGGGUGACGCCGCCGCCACCGCCGCCGCCGCCGCCACGCCGGCUGCGAGCUUAGGGCCAAACCUGGGCGGCAUGGGGCUUGCGACGAAGGCGAGAUACGUCCCUCUCGAGACGAAGAAUACCGAGGCCGGAUGGGGCAUCGUACAUCUCUAUCGGGAAGGGAAUGAGUCCGGUGUCGUGAAUGGGCAGUCUGGGGUGUCGGACGGGCCUAGCCAGGCGCAGCGUGGUGGUGACGAGGAGGGUACGAUUCUUUGCAUACCGGCUGUCCCGAGUUACAUGUCGCCGAGCGACUUCCUGGGGUUUGUAGGAGAGAAGUGGCGGGGCUAUGUUAGCCAUUACCGGAUGGUCAUGACCAGUACCAUGAGCCGGUACAUGGUGCUGAUGAAGUUCCGAGACAGCGGGAGGGCGAGGGAGUGGCGGAAGGCGUUUGACGGGAAACCGUUCGACAGUGUGGAGACCGAGAUCUGUCACGUCACCUUCAUCAAAUCAAUUACUGUCGAAACGCCAAACCAAGCCGACCCCCAGAGAAGAUAUUCCGAAGGAAACAAGGACCGCUUCUCGCCCACGUCGCCUCUAGUCAACUCCCUCAAACCGUUUCCGCCGCCGACGCCGAACCUCAUCGAGCUCCCUACUUGCGCCGUGUGCCUCGAGCGGAUGGAUGACACUACGGGUCUCAUGACAAUACUUUGCCAGCAUGUGUUCCACUGCACAUGUCUGCAGACAUGGAAAGGCUCGGGGUGCCCGGUCUGCCGGGCGACAAACCCCAAGCCGGCCCAAAACUACGAUCCAGAUGACCCAUACUCGCAACCCUUCGGGUCCGGCGUAGCCAACAUUUGCAACAACUGUAACUGUACGGACGACCUCUGGAUUUGCCUUAUUUGUGGCAAUGUCGGCUGCGGGCGCUACAACGGCGGCCAUGCCAAGGAGCAUUGGAAGAUGACGGCCCACAGCUUCAGUCUUGAGCUCGAGACGCAGCACGUCUGGGAUUACGCGGGCGAUAUGUGGGUGCACCGACUGAUCCGCGACAAGGGCGACGGCAAGAUCGUUGAGCUACCGCGCAACAACGGCAACGACCAGCGGCCAGCAGCGCCUGGGGGAGGAGGGGUGGCGUCGCAAGAAGACGUUGUUCCUCGUGCCAAGCUCGACAGCAUUGGCAUGGAGUACACACACCUGCUCACGAGCCAGCUCGAGAGCCAGCGUCUCUACUUUGAGGAGAUGGUCAACAAGGCGGCGGACAAAGCAGCCAAGGCGUCUGCGGCAGCCGAGUCAGCCUCCAGGCAAGCCGCCGAGGCGCUCAGCGAACUCGCCGCGCUGCGCGAGGAGCACCGCGUGCUCAAGGACGAGACGGUGCCCUCGUUGGAGAGAGAACUCUCCAAGGAAAAGAACCGCGCGGCCAAGUCGGCCGAGCUGGCGCGAAAUUUGAGCAAGGCGCUGCAGGAGGAGAAAGAGGUCAGCGCGGGGCUGAUGAAGCGCAUCGAACAUAUCAAGACGCAGUCGGAAGGCACGGAAAAACUCGUGGAGCAGUUGCGGGCAGAGAAUGAGGAGCUCAAGGAGAUGAAUCGGGACUUGACCAUGUUCAUUAGCGGGCAGGAGAAACUGCGGGAGAUGGAGAAAGAGGGGAUGGUUGAGCAGGGCGAGUUGGAGGAGGGCAUAGUGGGGGUCGCCGAAGGCAGUAAAGGGAGAAGGAAAGCUAGGGGGAAGAAGAAGUAAGUUGUUGUGGUGUAGUGCCAAACCAAGAGGGUUCAAAUGACGCGACGUUUCUCAAACAUAGGCCCGACACGGCAAGAAGCGCGGCCUUGACAAAUCCUCAAUUCACCUGAAACUGUUGUUUCGCCUCGAGGAGGAUU